AGUUUGAUGUGUGAAAUUUUUUGACAAAAAAAUUAAAUAACUGAUAUACUCACUUUAAAUAGCUUUAAUUGCAAUGAAUUUAUAAUUAAAUAGAAUUAACAACCGAAAGCAUGCGUUUUGCAUUUGAACCAUAUUUGAAUUUUGAAGAGGUUGAAAACUGGCACCUCUGUUGGUAAGAAUGAAAUUUUCUCUAACGACCGCGUAAACAUAUACUUAACCUAACAAUUUUGUGUACUUGAAUGGGGAUCGGUUGAGAUAAAUAUACAAGCAACUUUGUCACGUAGACACUAUGCCGUUGAUACAAUUAUUUCUCCCAGUAUUUUCGUGCUUAUAUAUUGUUUUAAUAUAAUUUAUGAUAAUUCAAACUGUUAAAUUUAAUAUUAAAAAAAAUAAUAAUAGAACAUAUGUGCAAUAUAGUGUGUAUAUUGUUGCCAAAAUAAAUAAUUUAUAAAGAAAAAACAACGAAUCAAAAUGAGUACUGAAGCAAAGGUGGCCAGUGCUAGUGAUAUUGGUGAUAACAAAUAUUCUAUUUUGCUACCUACUUAUAACGAAGUCGAAAAUUUACCAAUUAUAGUAUGGCUUAUUGUGAAAUAUAUGAAUGAAGCGAAAGUAUCUUAUGAAAUUAUUGUUAUUGACGAUGGUUCACCAGAUGGAACUUUAGAUAUGGCACGACAGCUUCAAAAUUUAUAUGGAGAUGAUAAAAUUGUUCUUAAUCCAAGAGAAAGAAAGUUAGGAUUGGGUACAGCAUACAUACAUGGAAUUAAGCAUGCCACAGGCAAUUAUAUUAUUAUUAUGGAUGCAGAUUUGUCACAUCAUCCUAAAUUCAUUCCGGAAAUGAUCAAAGAGCAAGUGAAAAAUAAUUUUGAUGUUGUCACUGGAACAAGAUAUGCUGGAAAUGGAGGUGUUUAUGGAUGGGAUUUCAAACGUAAACUUAUAAGUCGAGGUGCCAAUUUUAUUACCCAAAUAAUGUUGAGACCAGGAGUUUCUGAUCUUACAGGAAGUUUUAGGUUGUAUAAAAAAGAUGUCUUAGAAAAAUUAACGAAAUCUUGUGUUUCUAAAGGAUAUGUUUUCCAAAUGGAAAUGAUAGUAAGAGCAAGGCAGUUUAGCUUCUCUAUUGGAGAAGUUCCUAUUUCAUUUGUAGAUCGCGUCUAUGGUGAAUCUAAGUUGGGUGGUUCUGAAAUAGUGCAAUUUGUAAAAGGACUAUUAUAUUUGUUUGCUACAACUUAGUAGCAAAAGUAUUCAAAUUUCAUACAACAUAUUUAAUUAUUGUAUUAUAUUAACAUUUUAAUAGCUUAUAAUACACUUUUAUAAAACAAUAUUUGAAAAUCGGAAAGACUUCUUCCUUUAUUCGUAAUGUUGUGUUAAAUUUAGGUUGUGUUAAUCUUUUCUUCCAUUAAGUUAUAAAAAAAAUGUUAUUGUUUUAUACUUUUAUUGAAUCGCGAGACCAGCGAUUUACGUAUGAUGCAUAAAAUAGUUUCUAAGAAUUAGAAAAAUAUCUGAAUUUGUCUUUUAUUUAAGGAGCUGUCAAAGCGAACUUUACCAAUUUGACCUCACCUCGCGCCGUAGUUCUCAUUAUUUGCUAUCAAUAUACUUAAAAUCAUCCAAAAUAAAAUUGAUUAUUGUUCGUUAUUGUGUAAGUGAUCUCGGAACAUAGAGUUUUAGUGAUAUAAUUAUUAAAAAAUGUUAUAUCGUGAAACAUUGUAUGAGAAAGUGACGGUCAUCUUACUAAUUCUCACUUUUAUUGUCGCCCUUACCUCGAGCUGUAGUUCUCAUUUUUUACCUAAAAUUGCCCAAGUGCUUGUGAAUGUAUAUACUUACAGUUUUAUAAUACCCACCCCGGAUCACCGAGUUUAUGUGCGAUAAAUAAAGUGCGUGUUUUUAUUAUUUUUGAUCUAAAAUUUGUUUGGGGGUAGGAAAACUAAAACAUUUCGACCAAUCAGCGUGACCGCGACAUCCCCUUAAGCUAAUUUUAAUUUUAUUAAUGAAAAACUAGCCAGAUUUACCUCGCUCGCUGAUCUCUCGGUUAAAUUUACCUUUCCGAGGCUAAUUAGACGUUAUUUCUAAAAUCUUUUAAAGCAUUGGCAAAAAGGUUCUAAACCUUCAUUAACUAAAUCCUAGGAAAUCUUGAAUAAAAAGUAAGAGGUAGAAGAUUACUUCGUCGCUCCCAACGAAGACUAGCACUGUUCAAAUUUCCCGCGAAGACUAGCACAACUCAAACUUUCUCACAACUUAAACAACGAAUUUCUAUAAAAAUUUCCCGAUUUUCGCGAAACUAUCCCCAAUGAACAUUUUUAAAUAUUCACAAUUUACAACUUUUUACUGAAUUUAAAAUUGUUUUCCCAAGUACAAUAGUUUGUACAAACAUUUUUUUAAAUUGUUCACUUUUUUUAGAAAUUUCUGAAACUUCAAAACUUUGAGGUUUGUCUGUCUUUGUCUCUAAGGUUUUCAUGAACUUAACCAACCAAAUAACCCAAUAAAAACGUAAAAUAUUCACAUUUUAAGUAAUAUAAAAUCGCGAGAUGUGCUACUCUUGACUGCAUUUCUGAACUGUGCUACUCUUUGCGGCAAAUCGUGAGUUGUGCUAGAUUUCGUUUGAAAAUUUGAACUGUGCUGGUCUUCGUAGAGAGCGACGACUUAAACUACAUAAUUUGUAAGUUAUAUUAUAAAAUAUAUUUUAAGAUAACGACAAUAAAUUAGUUAAACUAAAAUUUCAAUGGAAAAAUAUUACUUGAAUAGAAAAAUAAAAUAAUUUAAUUUAUCAUUGCUUGAUAAAGUGUUGAUAGGUAUCCUUUAUAGGUAAUACGCUUCUACAGAUAUAUUACCUAAAUACACAGCGAAAAAUGAUUUUAUAAAAGUUAUUAUAAGUUCAGCAAAACUGACUAUAAUGCUUAGUAAUUGAGGGACGUAUUAUUGGUGUCCUGAUGAUUGUGACUAAGUUAGUAGCAACUUUUGCUUUCUUCCUAAGGAAGUUUUGUAAUAGUGAUUUUUGGCGUUUGUCUAAAAAUAUGUUGGAAGUAUGUUUUGAAGUAUUUUAAGUCGAAAAAUAGUGUUUUUGCAAUAUGGUGGGAAAAAAGCAGGGCCGGAUUAAGGUUUUGGAGGGCCUGGGGCUGCGAUCAAAAGGGGGCCCCUUUUGAUUAAGGUUGUUGGGUUAUUAUUAACGAAUUUUCAUAAACCCACCUACCCCGCGCAAAACGAGUUGGAAAUCUGAAACGUAUAGUUUGCGACUCACCACAAAUAAAUAGGAAUUUCUGUAUAUUUAUCUUAUACUCCAGGAAUAAGAGUAAAAAAAUAAAAUUACUAUAAUCUUGUUUAAA